AUGCACGACCGAUCGCACGGUGUCAUCACGCUUCCAGUCCAUUUGGCGCAACAACAGAUGGUCUACUUCGAGGAAGGCAACGAGGAAGAAGCUGUGGCAGCAGCACGUGAUGGCAUUACAAAGUUGACCGCUUGGUUUACUUUGAAUCAAAAUGAUGGACACGCCCACCAAUUCCUAUACACCGACAUUCCAUACCAUUACGUUUACCGAAACAAUAUGUGGAACCAACGGCGACAGGGUGCUGACAAAGUCAUCGGCAGAAUGUAUAGUGUUAGUCCACGUGAUGAGGAGCGAUUCUGUCUGCGAUUGUUGCUUCUGCAUACUACUGGCGCUACUGGCUACGAUUUCCUUCGGAGUUUCAACGGAGUCCAGCAUGAAACGUUCAAGGCAACAGCUAUUGCGCGACAACUACUGGCAUCGGACGAAGAAUUUGAUAGGUUUUUGGCUGAAGCUGCUAACGCCCAAAUGCCCUAUCAACUUCGGCAAAGCUUUGCAUAUCUGUGUGUUUUCUGCCGGCCACAGAAUGUAAAGCUUCUGUUCGACAAAUACGUAGAGGACUUCAUAUUAGACUUUCAGAAUGUGCACAAAUUGCCCAGAGCACCUUCGAUCAACCUGGCUCUACAUCAAAUUCAAGUCGUCCUACAACAGAAUUCACUCGAAUGUUCCACGUUUGGUUUGCCCACACCAACUGGUACGUACACCGAAGCCGGUCAAUAUGUUCAGGCUGUGGAAAAGGAGAAGGCCGACCGUCUAAUCCCGACCUUGACUGUGGAACAGCGAGCGGCGUUCGAUAAAAUAGUCGAGGGUAUCGACAAUCCAGCCAGCCCGAAAUUGUUUUAUUUGAAUGGCCCAGGUGGAUCCGGGAAGACGUAUCUGUACCAAACGUUAAUCAGUUUCAUCCGUGACAGAGGACAAACUGUUAACGCAUACGCAUCAACUGGCAUAGCAUCCACAUUGAUGGACGGGGCUACCACUAUCCAUUCCGGUUUCGGAGUGCCUUUUCGGUUGGAAGACACUAGCACGUCCUCAAUAAAACAGACGUCACCCAUCGCCAAAAGUCUCAGGAGUGCUUCGGUUCUAAUCCUGGAUGAAAUCACAAUGCUGCACAAAGACGCACUCCGGGUGAUAGACAAACUGCUUCGUCCAGCUAUUAUCAAUGCGUCCAUAACGUCCGGCAGUUUAUGGCGUCAUUUCCGUUAUAUCUCGCUGACAGAAAACAUGCGAAGCGCGGGGCAAAACGAUCACAACGCAUGGCUCCUGAACUUGGGCAGUGGAUUCCACGGAUUCCUGGCCUCUCCGAAAAUGCUGUUGAAAUACCAGCCGACAUGA